AUGGCCGACACCAUCAGCAGAAGCGACACCGUCGGCUCUCUGCUGGCCCACAUUGCCACUGCCCUGCAGGACGCUCUGCGCAUACUCAUGUUUGCCGACAAACGAAGCUGGGGCCGUGGCGAGUUCGAACAGGUGCGCGUCCUCGAGGAGACCCUGGCCGAAGCCAAGCGCGACUUCCAGGCCAUGGCGCCGCUCGUGAAUGGCCAGUUCUAUUACGAAAACGACAGGAGGACCGAAUCCAUAAGAGAGCUCCGAGCUCUGCGCGCACAAUUCGACCGCCACGCCCAGACAUUCAAGGACUGGCUCCGUACUGGCGGACCUGUCAGUCCACUAUGGGCUCGCGAGACAGUGGAUCUGGGUCGCCAACUGCACCGCGCGCAGUGCCGAGCCGCCCGCCGCAUCUACAACGCCGAGCAUGAGGAUGGCGGCAGUGGUGCGCGCUGUCUGGGUGCUUUUCUGGUGUACCGCCGCCUGCGCGAACAGGAGGAACGCCGGACGCGGACGCGCAGCCGCCCACCCCUCGAGCGGGUUCCUACCUGGAAGCGUCAGCAGAUGCAAAUGCAGAAGCGCGAAGAGCAGCGAUACGCCGGCCGUGAGCAGCUGAGCCGCGCCAGCAGCCAAGACGACGGCGAUAUCGAGCUGUCCGGACUUCCGCCACUGGAUCCGGAGAUGGACGCAAAAAAGGCGACAUCUACGAUCGUCGCGGAAGAGACGGCAGGCUCAUCGUCGUCGUCGUCGCCGUCACCAUACGGCACAAAGCCAAGGCUCAGCCUCGAAGACCUCGUGCCCGACUGCAAUGCUGUCGGCACCUUUGAGCGCUUUGGCGACCAGGAUGUCGUCUUUAUCUGCGACUUCUGCGACGGCCACAUCGUCUGGGAAGAUGUCCACCGCCUGCCACAUACGCGAACAAAUGCCUUGUCGUAUUCGGCCGAUCCCUUGUCACCGUCGGAAUCGGAACCACGGCUUCCCUUCACAACCCAGGACACACAGCGGCCUCCAGUAGCAGCGCCACCAAGCCCUCGCGGCCCAGACGACUACCCCCGCUGGCAGGCCACGGCCAUGGCCUUGUCCAAUAGAGACAAGGAGCGGACGAUCGUCUUUCCCCCGUUGGCAAUCGCCAACCAUCUCCCACCCACAGGCGGCGACUGGGAGGCGCGGCUAUGGUGCCCCUACUGCGACGAGUACAUGUACUACGACAGUGCCGAGGGCGACAACACCAAGUACGCUCAGGGCGAGUUUGGCUUUCUCAGCCUCAACGCUUUCCAGGAGCAUCUGGAGUGGUAUCACACGGCGCUCCCGAUCCCAGCCCUUCCCGUGUCCUCGAACAGCUGCGCGGUGAUGUAG